CGAGCAAAAGAUAUUCCUUGUUUAUUACUUCUUCUUCGCUAUUACUUCCACUUCUGAAUUGAAGAGCUAGCUAGCCUUAAUUUCCAACCAUGGCUGCCUCUACCUCCGCCAUGGCCAGCCAGCUCCGAAGCAGCUUUGCUUCCUCCCUGACGACUCGCGGAUUAGCCGUCCCCAGGGGCAUCUCCGGAUCUCCACUCAGAGCGUUUCCCUCCAAGAGAAAGCCUUCCUUCUCCGUCCGAGCCGUCCAGGCCGAUAAGCCGACGUACCAAGUCAUCCAGCCGAUCAACGGCGACCCCUUCAUCGGCAGCCUGGAGACUCCGGUGACGUCGAGCCCGCUCAUCGCCUGGUACCUCUCCAACCUCCCGGGCUACCGCACCGCCGUCAGCCCCCUUCUCCGGGGAGUCGAGGUGGGCCUGGCCCAUGGCUUCUUCCUCGUCGGCCCGUUUGUGAAGGCCGGCCCGCUGCGGAACACGGAGGUUGCAGGUCCGGCGGGGUCCCUCGCCGCCGGCGGCCUUAUUGUGAUUCUGAGCAUUUGCUUGACGAUCUACGGGAUCUCAUCUUUCAAAGAGGGGGAGCCAUCGACGGCGCCUGCUCUGACAUUGACAGGGAGGAAGAAGGAGCCUGACCAGCUGCAGACCGCCAACGGGUGGGCCAAGUUCACGGGAGGGUUCUUCUUCGGCGGGAUCUCCGGCGUGAUCUGGGCCUAUUUUCUUCUCUAUGUCCUCAACCUUCCUUACUUCGUGAAGUGAGGCAAAUUGGGCGUCGUGGUCAUGGGCCGGCGGCACGUGUGCAUUUAGUGCCCAUUUGGGAGGAUUUUAAUUGCUAAAUGAAAACUUGUAUAUUGGAGUGGAGGAAUAUUAUUGAGAUCAAGUUUCAAUGA